AGAGGAAGUUGUGUGACGUGAAAGUUGUUCAUUUAAUCCUCUCAUCUGCCCUCCUUUCAUUUAAUUUCUUUGCCCUCUCAUUUUGGUCUCACCACCCUUCAUUUUAGUCUUUAAAUUCUCGUCAUUUUCCUCUUCUAUUGACCUAGCUACUACAAUCUAAUUUCAUCUCCCUCAAACUUUCUCUUCUUAAUUUUUUUUUCUUCUUCUUGUCAAAAUGCCAGAAACAGUCCCAAAUUUGUCCAAUUCUGUGAAGCUCAAGUAUGUCAAACUUGGGUACCAAUACCUUGUCAAUAAUUUUCUAACUUUCUUGCUUGUGCCUAUUAUGGCUGGUGUCACUCUACAGUUAAUUAAAUUAGGCCCUGAAGAAAUACUAAGUAUUUGGAAUUCACUCCACUUUGAUCUCAUCCAAAUCCUAUGCUCUUCUUUCCUCAUCAUUUUUGUAGCCACAGUGUACUUCAUGUCAAAACCAAGAUCCAUUUACUUAGUAGAUUAUUCAUGUUACAAAGCUCCUGUCACAUGUAGAGUACCAUUUUCAACUUUUAUGGAACAUUCACGUCUAAUCUUGAAAGAUAAUCCUGAAAGUGUGAAGUUCCAAAUGAGAAUUCUUGAAAGGUCAGGACUUGGUGAAGAAACCUGUUUGCCUCCUGCUUGUCAUUACAUCCCUCCAACACCAACAAUGGAAUCUGCUAGAACUGAAGCUGAAGUUGUCAUAUUCUCAGCUAUUGACAACUUAAUGAAGAAAACAGGUCUAAAACCUAAAGAUAUCGAUAUUCUUAUCGUUAACUGCAGCUUGUUUUCUCCAACUCCAUCUUUAUCAGCUAUGGUUGUGAACAAAUACAAGUUGAGAAGUAACAUAAAAAGUUACAACCUUUCUGGUAUGGGGUGUAGUGCUGGUUUGAUCUCUAUUGAUUUGGCUAGAGACCUUCUACAAGUGCUUCCAAAUUCAUCUGCUUUAGUUGUAAGUACUGAAAUCAUUACACCUAAUUAUUAUCAAGGUUCAGAAAGAGCAAUGCUUUUGCCUAAUUGUUUGUUUAGAAUGGGUGGUGCUGCUAUACUUUUGUCAAACAAGAGAAAAGACAGCAGUAGAGCUAAGUACAGAUUAAUGCAUGUGGUUAGAACACAUAAAGGUGCUGAUGAUAAAGCUUAUAGAUGUGUGUUUGAACAAGAGGAUCCACAAGGAAAAGUUGGUAUUAAUCUUUCUAAAGAUCUUAUGGUUAUAGCAGGGGAAGCUUUGAAAUCCAAUAUUACUACAAUUGGUCCUUUGGUUCUUCCUGCCUCAGAGCAGCUUCUUUUCCUCUUUACUCUUAUUGGGAGGAAAAUCUUUAACCCUAAAUGGAAAGCUUAUAUUCCUGAUUUCAAACAAGCUUUUGAACACUUUUGCAUACAUGCUGGUGGAAGGGCUGUUAUUGAUGAGCUUCAGAAGAAUCUCCAAUUAUCUGAUGAACAUGUUGAGGCUUCAAGAAUGACUCUGCACCGAUUUGGUAACACUUCAUCUUCAUCACUAUGGUAUGAGAUGAGUUACAUGGAGGCAAAAGGAAGGAUGAGAAAGGGUGAUAGAGUUUGGCAAAUAGCAUUUGGAAGUGGAUUCAAGUGUAACAGUGCUGUUUGGAAGUGUAACCGGACAAUCAAGACAGGAACUGAUGGACCAUGGGAAGAUUGCAUUGAUAGGUACCCAGUGUUCAUCCCAAAGAUUGUGAAGCUGUAACAAACUACAGAUCACCCAACUUCAAUUCCAAAGCUAGCUAUAUAUAUUCAAACAAAGAAUAUUAGGGUGUUGUUAAUUAAUUGAGAGCAAGUUUAUCUUUGUUAAAAUUCCUUAAAAAUUAUGUGAUAUUUCUUCUUCCUUUUGCUGGAUCGAUAUCGAAGUACGUAGUUUUUCUUUUUCGA